CCGGAUAUAAUAUCAGGACAAUUUUUGUGCCACGUCACUUUGCACCAUGCAACAAGAUACAAAGCAUUGUAUCCCCAUCGGAUGAUAUAAUGACAACUAAAAAAGAUGUCCGAAGUGUCUUAUAAAUUGCAUGUACGCAUCACUAACUGAAGCAAUUGUGCCACACCAACUGUUCGAUGUAAUUUCUGCUAUCCCUGGCGCACUAAGCAUCUUCCUGAUUGCGGAACAGCCUCAACUAUUUCUAGAUGAUAGGAUUUUGGCUUCAGCUGUUGAGGUCUUAGCAAGGCACCAUCAAUUGAAAAGUGCUACUGGACUUUAAGAAGUUCACCAGAAGCCAAGCAGGAAGGUCAUUGAGGCAAUGGUGAAGGUGUUUUAUUGGAGCUGGAAACCUGAAAUUAGCCUGGAAUAUUCUCUUGGUUGCCACACGUUGUAAAAGAAUGCCCGGAUCCAAGCAAUAAUGCAAACUUAGUAUU